GAGGAGCCGCUGAGCCUCCCUCCCUCCCCAUUGUGUGGAGCCCUAGAGCGGCAGCGGCUCCCCGGUGCCGGCCGCCAUCUUGUGCUGGUGGGAGCCCAGUGAGGCACCCUGAGCCCAGGCCACGAAGGUGGAGUGCGAGUGGGGCCGCUCCUCUCCUCCCAACUGCCUGGGCCCUCUUCCCUCGCCUCAAGGCCCUGCCGCGGCAGAGUAGCCUCUGAAUGUAAGGAGGACCCGUCUCGAGAGAGCGGCUUCCCAUCCGCCGCUCCCCCCUGCCACAGGCCUGCCGCCGCACCCGUCUAGAGCCAGCUACACCCCGAUCUGUAGGUGCUGCUAGCAGGAGCACACUCCUCUUCCUCCAUACCCCCUUCACCCAUAGCCUACGUAGGUCCUGCCACCGGAACAGGAGCAGCCCCACAGAGAGGGAAGCCGUGUCCACCCCAGCAGGACGUGCACUGUCCUAGAACUGAUGCCACCAUCCCCUAGAGGAGGCGGGUACUCCUAACGGAGCCCUGCCCGGACCCCAAGGGCCAGGUCCUUGCCUCUCUACUCCACCCAGCCUGGAGAGACACUCCUUACCAGCCUAACCUAAGGAGGAGACAUUUUUUCUCGCCCCCACGCUUGUGCCUCUUCCCCUGAACUAGACAAACAGAUCAGGUGCUGCUGCUAUCCCAGACCUUGAGGAGACGCCCACUGACUCUGAACUGCUGCUCUCUACCACCCACGAGCCCAACGCCCCAGAUCAGGAGAUAGAGACUCAGCCCUGACAAGCUGCUGACACUUCCCGCCCCAUCAGGAGACAGAGAGAAAGAGACCCAUCCAGAGGUGCUGUUCCUGCUCCUCGCACCACCGAUAUCAGGAGAGACAGCUACACAGAGCUACUACAACUGCAAAGUCAUGAAGAUCAAGGAUGCCAAGAAACCAUCUUUUCCAUGGUUUGGCAUGGACAUUGGGGGAACACUGGUGAAACUUGCAUAUUUCGAACCUAUUGAUAUCACUGCAGAAGAGGAGCAGGAGGAAGUUGAAAGCUUGAAGAGCAUCCGCAAAUAUUUGACUUCCAAUAUAGCCUAUGGAUCCACUGGCAUUCGAGAUGUCCACCUUGAACUGAAAGACUUGACGCUUUUUGGCCGAAGGGGAAACUUGCACUUUAUUCGAUUCCCAACUCAUGACUUGCCUACUUUUAUCCAAAUGGGAAGAAAUAAAAACUUUUCAACACUACACACGGUGCUUUGUGCCACUGGAGGCGGUGCUUAUAAGUUUGAAGAAGAUUUUCGCACAAUUGGAAACCUCCAGUUGCACAAACUGGAUGAGCUUGACUGCCUUGUCAAAGGCCUGUUGUAUAUAGACUCUGUCAGUUUCAAUGGCCAGGCAGAGUGCUAUUACUUUGAAAAUGCCUCAGAACCGGAAAGAUGCCAAAAGAUGCCUUUUAACCUGGAUGACCCAUACCCAUUAUUGGUUGUAAACAUUGGUUCAGGAGUCAGUAUUUUAGCAGUCCAUUCCAAAGACAGCUAUAAGAGAGUGACUGGAACAAGUUUAGGUGGAGGGACAUUUCUGGGUUUAUGCAGUUUAUUGACUGGCUGUGAAAGUUUUGAAGAAGCUCUUGAAAUGGCAUCCAAAGGGGACAGUACACAUGCUGAUAAGCUUGUCCGGGACAUUUAUGGAGGGGACUAUGAACGUUUUGCCUUGCCAGGAUGGGCAGUAGCCUCUAGUUUUGGGAAUAUGAUCUACAAAGAGAAGAGAGAAUCUGUUAGUAAAGAAGACCUGGCUAGAGCUACACUGGUCACGAUCACCAAUAAUAUUGGGUCUAUAGCACGGAUGUGUGCGGUAAAUGAGAAAAUAAACAGAGUUGUCUUUGUUGGUAACUUUUUGCGUGUGAACACUUUGUCAAUGAAGCUUCUUGCAUAUGCACUGGAUUACUGGUCAAAAGGCCAGCUGAAGGCCUUGUUCCUAGAACAUGAGGGAUACUUUGGUGCUGUUGGUGCUCUUCUUGGAUUGCCGAAUUUCAGCUGAAGUACCAGAUGCCACUACACUGAAUUGUUUUCCACCUGGUUGGCAUUAUUACUACAUUGUUUAAGUCAACGGGAACCAAAGGAAAAAAAGCAGCAGUUUUGCUGCAGUUCUUUUUAAAUUUAAGUGGUAAACUGCUGGAUGUUACCAUAUUAAGGAAGUGGG